AUGGCUGUCCAUAUGGCAGAAAACGCGGCUCAGCAUAGUGACAGCGUCACCCUGUAUACACAUGGCAACGAUGAAAUGGCAGCUCAGCUCAGCCCCAUCGCCAAUUCCAAGUUCAAAGUGGAGCCUCGCCAAAUCAGACGUCUCCGAGAGAACGCCCAAGCCAAUUCAGUUAUUGUAGAAUUCGUGGACGGGUCCAGCAAAGAGGAGAAGUUCUUGGUUCACAACCCUCAAACCAGUGUUCAGGGCCCCUUCGUCAGCCAGCUUGGGAUCACCCUUACGCCCAUGGGUGAUAUCCAGGCAGACGCACCAGUGAUACCAGGCGCCAUCUCGAGCGGUUGUAACGCAGCGGUGGCAGCUAGCACUCAGUUGCAGGCCGAGAAGUACGAUCAGCCACCCAUGUUCUGA